AUGCCAGAAGAUAUUCAAAAAGCCAUACAGAAGACAGAAGGAAGCGGCAUGUUUGUUUACAAUCGUCUUUACGAAUACACUUUAACUCCGUAUCCUGCGUGGUUGUUUUCUUCCUCACUUUUUGUGUCGCCAUUAGUCGCCAAAUCACAGAUCGUGGCUAAACCAGGAGUUCUUUCACCUUCACGACUUUUCCCAAGUAGGACAAACCCCGAGUCUUUGGCGAAAUUAGUACGAGUUGGCCCAAGCAAUAUAUCUGUUGUAUUGUUUGGUGCAGCAUCGGCAUUGGGUGGAUACAUGAUUUAUGAUGAUGAUUGUAUUAACGGCGCAGGAUUUACGAUGACUUGGUCUACAUUAUAUUUGUUGUCAAAUGGCAGAAAUACUAUUAAUGCUAUCAAAUAUGGUAGAGUAUGGCCAGUGCUAUUGACUGUAGGGGCAGUGUCCAAUGCAGUCUUGUAUGGCAAAAGAUUUAUAUGGAGAAAUUGA